AUGGCUCAGCGUAAAAGCUUUUUCGAUGAUGUUAAAAAGGAGUUAGAAUGUUCCGUGUGCCAGGAGUUGUUUAGUGAAGUCAACGAACCUAAAAUUCUAAAAUGUCUCCACACUUUCUGUAAGAAUUGUCUGGAAGCUUGGCUAAGCAGGCAGCGUGAAGGACAGCUAAGUUGCCCGACAUGUCGUCAAAUCACCGAGUGUCCUAACAGCAACAUUAACAGCCUCCCAUCCAAUCUUUUCUACAAACAGAUGGUGGAGAUUGUAGAGGCCUAUAGUGGUACAGGACAAGAAGAUGAUUCGUUGCAUUGUGGGAACUGCGAGGAAAAGAGGCCACUGACGUUUUAUUGUUUUGCCUGUAACACCUUCUUGUGUGAGGAAUGCGCUGGCGCCCACAGUAGAUGGAAGUUGUUUAAAGGCCACCUUGUCAAGGAAAUUGGAAAAUUUGAGUCGACCGAUGUGCAAGAUUACGCCCGAAAAUCCAACGUAUGUAAGAAACACAAGGAUGAGCUAAGAUUUUACUGUGAAAACUGCAACAUUUGCAUUUGUCGUGAUUGCGCCAUACUCGAGCACCGUGACGAUAAGAACCACAACAUAGUUUCACUUGAGCAAGGAUUUGAAAACAAGAAAUCCGACAUAACAAGUAAAAUGAAAGACGUUGAAGCAAUUGCAAGUCGUUUAAGGGACCAAAAACAAACGUUGGAGAAGAAAAAAGUAAGGAUGCUUCUAAGCAUUGAUCAAGCGACGAGUGAAAUUCACAGAGUCGCUGAACAAUGGAUCAGCUUCAUUCGCCAAAAUGAGGCAGCCAUGACCAAUAAGUUGCUCGAGCAGAAAAAUUCUUUUCAAGGUACAUUUUCAGCCCAGAUGUCCCGCUUAGACGAAAAACUCAUUGAGAUAGACAACAGCUUGGUAUUUAGCAGCGACGUUCUUGCUCGAGAAAAUCUACCAGAGAUUUUGAACGUGGAAGAAAUACUGGAUCAAAGGUUUCAAAAACUUUCUUCGGAAUUUCUCGUCAGUCUGAAUUUUUCAUGCGUCAAGUACGUUCCAAAUGAUACAUCACCGUCAAUGAACGACGUGCUUGGAAAGUUAAUCUUCACUAAAACCGACCCAAUGCUCACGACAGCAAAUGGCAAGGGACUUACCGAAGGUACUGGAGACGAAGUGUGCUCUUUUAAGAUAGAAACAAGGGAUUCGCAGGGACAAAUAUCUUACUCUGGGGUAGACAAAGUCGCUGUUGACAUCCGAUCAGCGGAUACAGGAAACGUCAUAGCCCCCGAAAUAACAGACUUAAAAAAUGGCUGCUACGAAGUAAAGUACAAACCCAAGAUUGCAGGAAAAUUUGAAGUGUGUAUAACUGUAGACGGUGAGCCAAUCGUUGACAGUCCAUUCCGACUUGAAGUGAAAAAAAAAAGAAAAGGCAGCCCCAACCGUCAGGUAUUAUCAAGAGUCUCAGUUGUAUAAAAAGAUCGACUGUUAUACUAAUCUAAAAAAGAAGGUUAACUGGUUUUACAAGUGUAAUUGAAUAUAAUAAAUAAGAUAAAUGUCUCGAAGGACAGUUGCUAAAAACGAAUUUAUGGCCUACAAAGACAGCUGACAACUGAAAACUGGCUAGCUUACUAAGAAAUUAGUUCCGCCUUUGUUCUGACACGUGUAAAUGGUUAGUCCUUAUAGUAGGACGAAAUACUUUAGGCCCCAUUUCAGGGCACUUCAUCGAUCUGUCUCUUGUGGGGCGUCAAGGACAAGGGACAACUCCGUAUCAUUUUCUGACCAUGACCAUGCAUCCUCAGUGCAGUGUUAGUGUCUAAGUUUCUUAGGGUGUGGUGCUAUGCAGUGACGGCAAAUCACUUGGGACUUAUAUAUAAGAUUUGUUUGUGCCCCUUCCCCUAUUAAGAUGGAUCGUGCGCAUCAUAAAGCUGGGAAGAUAUACUUUAUGAUUAACAGAAUCAAAUUCAGGAGCGCGACAGACUAAUUAUGAACAGUGUAGAUUCGGCAAUUCGGGUCAAACCAGACAAACCUUGUUAUAGCAUGUUUGCUCAUUUUUCUUUUUGUUUCAGGGAAUAAAGUAUGAUUCUUUUUUUACUUCAGUUUUUCUUAACAUAUUAUGGAAAGUGUGUAAACAGAAGAAUAAAAAAAUUAGACAUUUUUGAAAAAAUAAAACAAGAACAAGGAACGUGAACUAAGGGGAUAAAAUGGAAGGUAAUUUUGAUUUUUAAUUUAAUUUUAGGAUAUUUACAGACGCAACAUUUAGUUCAAGUACUGGACAACGAUGUGAAGUUAUCUUUAUACAAGGGGGAUAUCACUGAGGAGGCUGUUGAUGCUAUUGUCAAUGCAGCCAAUGACAGGCUUCAGCACGGUGGUGGUGUCGCAGCUGCUAUUGUGCGUAAAGGGGGACGUCAGAUACAAGAAGAGUCCAAUCGAUUGAUAAGACGAUAUGGAACACUUGAUGUCGGCGGAGCUGUUUACACUAGUGGUGGUAGUCUUUCCUGUCGCUAUGUAAUUCAUACUGUUGGUCCAGAGUGGUACAGACAUGGAAAAGAUAUGAGCAGAUCCCUUCUCUGGCAAGCUUGUCUUGAAAGCCUUGCUCUGGCAGUGAAAUUAAACCUUUCGUCCAUUGCCCUAACGGCCAUCAGCUCUGGUAUUUUCGGCAUGCCAAAAGACACUUGUGCUGAAGUUAUGUUUUUUGCAAUAGAAGAAUUCAGUUCAAGUGAAGGCGCCAAGUUUAGUACCCUUCGUGACGUGCGCAUUGUCAUCAUUGAUGAACCAACAUUAAGCGUUUUUCAGGAAGAGUUUGCGAAACGUUAUGUUGUGCAUGAGGCUUUUCGAGAAGCCUUGUCCACCCAGGGACAUUCCUUCGAUGAGCAAGAGACAAGUCGUCCGAUCCCAAACUCAAAACGUAAUGAGUAUCAGUCCAAAAAAAGAGAAGUGGCAUUUCUAAAAGCGCUAGAGGCCGAAACAGACCUGUGUCCUGACUAACUACUCACUUUUUUCCUGGAAAGCUUGUUUGUCUCGUUCACUUGAGCAUGCACAAGAGAGAGAAGAGACUAAACGUACUUUCGAACGCCCAUGAUGCCAACAUAUCGAUUAUUUCGGAGUAGGCUCAAUUCGAAAACAGAAGUAAAGAAAGUAUUAUCUAUAAGUAUUGUUGGUAUCAUUGUAAAAAGUUCGUUAAAUAAUACUAGCAAACUUGAAAAUUCCGUUAUUUUCCAAGCAGCUUCCCAUCGCUAUUACUUUAAACGUAUAUUAUGCCGCUUAGCAUACAAACGGUUAAUGAUGGUGCAAUUUGUUUCAUUCUCUUCCCCGCCUACGUUAAGGAGCGUCUGGAAACAUUUGGAAAAAAGCGUGUCUAGAGGUGGGGAGUGGCGCAAGGAGGCUUUGAAUGCUGAAGCGUCCCCUUCUUGCCUCAGGUACACUCCCUAAUUUUACCCUUAGACACCUCUUGGUUACCUAAGAAAAGAACUCUCUGCAUGUACGUGUGGUGCACCCUUUAUCCAAGCUAUGCAUCCGUUCAUCCCAUAAUGGACCUGGCCCCGGUUCUUGAAAGGCUGAUUAGGUCUGAUUAGCGCUAAUCCAGGAUUAAAAUUUUGCUCCACUUUUUAUUUACUUGCCUAUACAAUGCUUGGAGUAACAUUUUAUGUUAUCAUUACUGUAUCUCAGAGUAAAGGAUCAACUGUUUUUCAAUUGUAAACUUGAGUUACAUGUUCUUAGACAAGGAAACAGUGCUUAAAAUGUGGCUAAAUCUUGGGUUAAGCUGCAACAUCUUUCGAGGAACCCGGCCCCGGAUCAAUACUAACAUUUUGUGAGGGUAAUUUAAUAUAUAGUCCAGUCUUUAAGGAAUAAAAAUAUCUCAAAACAUCAAGCAUGGUAUCUCCACGGAAUGUUAACAAUCUGACUUCCAAAAGAGGUCAUGACGAUUUACACCUGGAGCAAGGGAGACGACGGCGAUAUGGAUUUCUUGUGUAAAGACUAACACGCCGUUGUGUCCAUUCAUGCAGAGAUCGAUCGCAUUUCGGAUUCUAAAAGAGGAGCUUCCCCAACGUCACUUGAGGGGUUCUCCUGGGCUAAAUCGAGAGUAUGACCUUAUAUGAAGGAAAAAGAGCAAACAUGAAUCGACAAAUAUAAUAAAACUUAAACUGACCACCCUUGAUCCUAUAAGUCAAGAAAUAUCUUCAGUGCUUAGUACGAAGUACAAGUGGUGAAUAGCAUUUAUGUAUUGGACAUAUUGCAAAGGUUAGAAAAACGUGAAAAACUCGAUUAUUCCUAAAUACUUAUUUCAGCACCAAUUGCUAACUACAGGUAAACUAUCUAGCGGCCACCCUAGGGAAAGGGACAAGUGGUCACUUAAUAACUGUUCGGUUUAUAGUAAUUUACUGACAAUUUUAUCCCCCGGGACUGCUGUAAGUGGUCACUAAAUACAGGGGUCCACUAAAUUCUCGAAGUUAAAAGAUGUUCAACAGGGGGAUUUUAGCGAGGGCUAACGGAGUCAACACAAAAAUUAAGUAACCAUGCAUGCGCAUGCAGUUAUGAUUAGGCUGAUAUAGCAACAGAAUAGGAACGAAUGAUAAAAGGAUUGAAUUAACAAAGGAUAUGGUGGCACCAUUCAGUCAUUGAAUGCCAGUUUCAUCUCCCGCAGUGUAGUUUUUAGCCUCCCACGCAGACGUUCUUAGGGGUUCGUCACACGUUCCUGCCGUUCCGCGUAACGAACCGCUAAAAACGUCUGCGUGGGAGGCUAUGUAGUUUUAUACUUAUCGAUGAUAACUUUAUGGCGCGUGAAGAAUUUGUUGAAGGAUUUGGAAAGAAGAGUGGAUUUAAAGGCUUGUUGAUUAAGACGCAAUUAAGCUUCAAUAUUAACGUUUAGCAGGUAAAAAUCACCACCUUUUUUAUCAACCGACCGUCCAUUAGUUUAAUAAAUUUCAGAAAUACAUAUAUCCUGUUUCCAAGGCCUUACAGGUAUCGAGCCCUCAUUUAGCAUAAGAAAAGGUGGUCUGGGGACGACACUUGUUUAAGAGUCUUUGAGUGGGUGAGAUUCGAGGUUGUUAAACUUCCGCCUUUCUGGUAAUCGCUUUGCUUCGAUCGUCUCGCUAAUUACCUUCAGCAAUGGCUCAAGGUAAAAGCUUUUUCGAUGAUGUUAAAAAGGAGUUGGAAUGUUCCGUGUGCCAGGAGCUGUUCAGUGAAGUCAACGAACCAAAAAUUCUAAAAUGUCUCCACACUUUCUGUAAGAAUUGUCUCGAAGCUUGGCUGAGGAGGCAGCGUGAAGGACAGCUAAGUUGCCCUACAUGUCGUCAAAUCACCGAGUGUCCUAGCAGCAACAUUAACAGCCUUCCAUCCAACCUUUUCUACAAACAGAUGGUGGAGAUUUUAGAGGCCUAUAGUGGUACGGCACAAGAAGAUGAUUCGCUGCAUUGUGGGAACUGUGAGGAAAAGAGGCCACUGAAGUUUUAUUGCUUUUCCUGUAACACCUUCUUGUGCGAGGAAUGCGCUGGCGCACACAGCAAAUGGAAGUCGUUUAAAGACCAUCAUGUCAAGGAAAUUGGAAAAUUUGAGUCAAGCGAUGUGCAAGAUUACGCCCGAAAAUCCAACUUAUGUAAGAAACACAAGGAUGAGCUAAGAUUUUACUGUAAAAACUGCAACAUUUGCAUUUGUCGGGAUUGUGCCAUACUGGAACACCGUGACAACAGGAAUCACAACAUAGUUUCACUUGAGCAAGGAUUUGAAAACAAAAAAUCAGACAUAACAAGUAAAAUGAAAGACGUUGAAGCAAUUGCAAGUCGAUUAAGGGACCAAAAACAAACGUUGGAAAAGAAAAAUGUAAGGAUACUUGGAAACAUUGAUCAAGCGACGAGUGAAAUUCACCGAGUCGCGGAACAAUGGAUCAGCUUCAUUCGCCAAAAUGAGGCAGCCAUGACCAAAACGUUGCUCGAGCAGAAAAAUUAUUUUCAAGGUACAUUUUCAGCCCAGAUGUCCCGCUUAGACGAAAAACUCAUUGAGAUAGACAACAGCUUGGUAUUUAGCAGCGACGUUCUCGAUCGAGAAAAUCUACCAGAGAUUUUGAACGUGGAAGAAAUACUGGAUCAAAGAUUUCAAGAACUUUCUUUGGAAUUUCUUGUCAAUCUGAAUUAUUCAUGCGUCAAGUACGUUCCAAAUGAUGCAUCGCCGUCAAUGAACGACUUGCUUGGAAAGUUAAUCUUCACUAAAACCGACCCUAUGCUCACGACAACAAAUGGCAAGGGACUUACCGAAGGUACUGAAGACGAAGUGUGCUCUUUCAAGAUAGAAGCAAGGGAUUCGCAGGAACAAAUAACUUACUCUGGUGUAGACAAAGUCGGUGUUGACAUCCGAUCAGUGGAUACAGGAAACGUCAUAGCCCCCGAAAUAACAGACUUAAAAAAUGGCUGCUACGAAGUAAAGUACAAACCCAAGAUUGCAGGAAAAUUUGAAGUGUGUAUAACUGUAGACGGUGAAGCAAUCGUUGGCAGUCCAUUCCGACUUGAAGUGAAAGAAAAGAGAAAGCAAUCCCAACCGUCAGGUAUUGUCAAAAAUGCUUAGUCUCAGUUGUGUAAAAAGAUCUGAAAGAUCGGUUAGUACACUAAAGUAACGAAGAAGGUUAACUGGUUUGACAAGUGUAAUUGGAUAUAAGAUAGAUGUCACGAGGAACACUUGCUAAAACGGAUUUAUGGCCUAAAGACAGCUGACAAUUGAAAACUGGUUAGCUUACAAUAAAUUAGUUCUGCCUUUGUUCUGACACGUGUAAAUGGUUAGUCCUUGUAGUCCUUGUAGUAGGACGAAAUACUGUAGGCCCAUUUCAAGGCACUUCAUUGAUCUGUCUCUCGUGGGGCGUCAAGGAACCAUAAACGAUAACGCCGUAACAUUUUCUGACCAUGACCAUGCAUCCUUAGUGCAGUGUUAGUGUCUAAAUUUCAUGGGGUGUGGUGCUAUGCAGGGAGGGCAACUCGCUUGGGACUUAUAUAUAAGAUUCGUUUGUGCCCCUUCCCGUAUUAUGAUGGGUCUUGUGCAUCAUAAAGCGGGGAAAAUAUAAUUUAUGAUUAACCGAAUCUUAUUCAGGAGCGCAAUAGACUAAUUAUGAACAGUGUAGAUUCGGCAAUUCGGGUCAAACCAGACAAACCUUGUUAUAGCAUGUUAGCUCAUUUUUCUUUUUGUUUCAGGGAAUAAAGUAUCAUUCUUUUUCGACUUCAUUUUAUCUUAACAUUUUAUGAAGGGUGUGUAAACAGAAGAAUAAAAAAAUAAGAAAGAAGUUUGAAAAAAAGAAAACAAGAACAAGUAACAUAAACCAAGGGGAGGAAAUGGAGGGUAAUUUUGAUUUUUAAUUUAAUUUUAGGAUAUUUACAGACGCAACAUUUGAAACAUGAACUGAGCAACGAAGUGAAGUUAUCCUUAUAUCAGGGAGAUAUCACUGAUGAGCGGGUUGACGCCAUCGUCAAUGCAGCCAAUGAGUGGCUUCGGCACGGCGGUGGAGUGGCUGCUGCAAUAGUGAACAAAGGCGGACGUCAGAUACAAGUCGAGUCUACGUGGAUAGUACAGAAGUAUGGGCCACUUGAUGUUGGCAGGGCUACUUAUACAUGUGCCGGUAAUCUUCCCUGUCGCUAUGUGAUUCACACAGUUGGUCCAGAGUGGAAGAAACAUGGGAAAGAGAACUGCAAGCAUUUUCUUCACAGAGCUUGUUUGGAAAGCCUUCAUAUUGCAGCAGUGGAUUUAGAACUUUCUUCCAUAGCUCUUACAGCAAUCAGUUCUGGUAUUUUUGGCAUGCCGAAAGAAAUUUGCGCUCAAAUUAUGCUAAGUGCAGUAGAAGCAUUUAGCUCGAGUGACGAAGCCGAAUUCAGUACCCUGCGUGACGUGCGCAUCGUCAUCAUUGAUGAGCCGACGUUAAGCGUCUUUCAAAAAGAGUUUGUUACCCGAUAUCUUUCCCGAGAAGCA